UUUUGUUGUGCGGUGGGUGGUGUAGACUUGCUGGAGCUGAGAAUGGAGGCCAGACGCUAGCAGAUGUGUGUCACCAACAUACAUGUAAUAUUACGAGACCAAGUAGCUGGGUGUACAAGAAAAUAAAACAGCCCAGAAAAUAAAGCCAUGAAGCACCGCAUGCUUCAGAGUAGUUGGCGAAGAUGGGAUCUUUCAAACUGGCAAUUAGUCAGACUAGGACAAAGCUUGUGUCUCUUAACUGCGCAUGACAGCAAGCGAUUAGCCAAGGUGUGUUCAUGCUUUCGACCUGUCGUCCUGUGUUUCACCUCCAGCAGCUGUCAACUUAUUAUCAGUCCUCUUCUUUGGGAAAAAACGGCACAAAGCCAAAAAGUCAGCAUAGAGAUGACGGGCGUACCGAAGGCACCUGCACUUUGUUCUCAAAGAUGGAACCUCGCCGUAAUGUGUUUCUUCGGCUUGUUCUUCACCUACGUUGUUCGUAUGAACCUGAGUGUGGCCAUCAUCUGCAUGGUGCGCACGCCGCAAGUCAACGUCACUUCCGCGGAUCAAAGAAACUUGGGAAAACACGGACUAACCUCUGAAGUCAGCACUGGUCUUCCGAAUGUGACUGCAGACACCAAGACAGCUGAAGAGUAUACAACUGAUGAAAAUGACUGCAGUCUGGAAAUAAUGAAACCAGUCUCAUCUUCGAAUAAUGGCGAAUUUGACUGGAAUAAGGGGACGCAAUCUCUGCUUUUGGCGAUGUAUUUCUACGGGUACAUUUUCACUCAAAUUCCGGGCGGUUGGCUGGUCGGUCGCUACGGUGGGCGGCGUGUGUGGGCGGUCAGUCAAAGCAUCUGUGCCCUCAGUACCCUGGCCACGCCCCUCGCUGCACGUGCACACGUCUACCUGGUCUACGCCCUCAGGUUUCUCCUGGGAUUAGCAGCGGGUGUAGCGACUCCCUGCGUUUUCUCCAUCAUGGGCAGAUGGGCUCCGAAGCUGGAGAGGAGCAAACUAAUGUCAUUCUGCAUCACUGGUUUUUCAGCUGGAAAUAUUCUGACCUUUUCGCUGUCCGCACUGCUUUGUGUUUAUGGGUUUGACAACGGCUGGGGCUCUAUAUUCUACCUGUCUGGUAUAGGCAACCUCCUGUGGGUCGUGGUGUGGUGUAUAGUGACGGCCGACACACCAGCUCAACACAAGAGGAUCAGCGAGGUGGAAAGGAACUACAUACAGAGUUCAAUUGGUGACAACACCGAGAAAAAAGAAAUCUUGCCAACGCCAUGGAGAGCUAUUUUUACAUCAGCUCCUUUCUGGGCGUGUGUUGUUGCUGAAAUUUGUAGUACAUACACUGCAUAUACACUACAGAUGUCACUUCCUGCUUUUAUGAAGGAGUCAUUAAAAUUUGAUAUCAAACAGAACGGAGUUCUAUCGGCCUUGCCCUACCUGUGUCAAGCAGUGACGUGCACCUUGUCAGGGCAGAUGGCGGACACGUUGAGAAACAGGGACAUCCUCAGCACCAAGAACACCAGAAAGCUCUUCUAUUUUCUUGCGUCCUUUGGAUCCGCCAUAUGUAUCGUGUCUGCUGGCUACGUGAGUUGUACUCAGCGACCCCUGGCGGUGUUCCUGCUGUGUCUUUGUCUUUGUUUCAAUGGCUUCAGCAGCGUCAGCUUUUUUGUCAAUCACUUUGAUCUCGCCCCUAGACAUGCUGGGAUGACGUCUGCCAUAUCGAACACGGCUGCCACGGCAUCUGGCAUGGUCGCGCCGCUGGUGGUUGGAGCCCUAACGCCAAACAGAACAGCUGAAGAAUGGCGUCACGUGUUCUACGUCUGCGCCUCAAUUUACGUUGCGGGAGCGGUGGUGUACGGCGUCUUUGCGGAGGGAGAGUUACAGAGCUGGGCAGUUCCCCCGCCUGUGGACGACACUGUAAGAGGAGAGAUCGCUAAAGGGGAAGAGGACAACAAGAAUCCCUCUGUUAGCAACUCCGAGCGUAAAGACGUUUCUCUAGGGGACGUCACUCCAAACUAACGCCGAUCUCCUGUCCCCACAACAUAACAACACCAUCAUUUAACAGCCACAAAAGCAAAAUCUGAUUAAUGGCAUCUUUUAUUUUAAAAAUUGACCUGCUUAAACUUCAUACAACAAAAGAAAAUAUGAUGAACCAUUAAUUGAACCUGUUUUCAACUCUAUAGAAGAAAAACCUUUACAAAGUGAGAAAUUUGAUUACACUGUGUACCGAUUACCAAAGUUGAUAAAAUGUUAUUAAUAUUCGUGAAGUAAAAAUGGACUACAAACACUGUUUUUUAUUUGCUGAUCUUCUUCAGGACCCAUCUAAGACCACACAUACUCACAACCAGCUCCGUACAUGGAUUAAAGAAUUAAGCAUGAAUACACAACAGAUGUCGGGAGGAAAAGACAUACAUAAGAACUUGAAGGGUCUCUGAGAGAGUGUAAAUUUUUUUUUCAUUUUUUGCGGCAUCUUGUAUGCAGUGUUCAACUCGGUUGCCUUAACCGGACUGGGAAUAUUUACUCCAUCUGUCAUUCUCGAUGGGAUAUCUACCUGAGAGCAAAAGGGGAAGGUUUGAGAAUUACUCUUUUGCUGAUGGACAUGUUGCUCCCGUAAAACAGGUUUUUGUGUGUAUGUGGACUUACCUUACAUUCUAUAAGAAUGUGUUCCUUCCUCUAUGUGAGUCAAGCAGUUAUGCUCUGUUUGUAUGAUCAGGCGGCAGACAAGUUGAGAGAGGAGGAUGUGUUCAGAACACGAGAAAUCUUUACUAUUUCCAGGGUAUAAUCGCAAUUGGGGCUUCUUGAAUAUUAAGGCUGUGUAAAGUUUAUUUUAGAGAUAAAUGUUGGAUAACAAUAUUGUGAAAUAAAACGUGAGACAAAAGAA